UUGUCUUGCGUCUCUUUGCAGGACUCCAAGCUGCGCCAGAUUGUGACGAUGGGACCGCAGGACACGCUCGAAGAGAAAACCGUCACCAUUUGCCAUGGCUCUGAUUUUGUCAACAUGACAUUUGUCAACUUCUGCUGCACACGACGGGACAUUGCCCAGAUCUGGACGGAUGGCCUCAUCAAGCUGGCCUAUAGCCUGUCCCAGCUGAAUGGCUCGGCGAUUAUGUUCCUGCAGAAGGCGCACACAAAACUCUGUCUGCAGGUGGACAAAAGCGGACGCAUCCCAGUGAAAAACAUCAUUAAACUUUUUGCGCAAAAUAAAGAGGAUCGGAAACGUGUCGAGAAGGCGCUGGACGUGACCGGCUUGCCAUCGGGAAAGGUCGAUAGCAUAUCGGUGUCGAAAUUUCAAUUUGAGGACUUUUAUAAUUUGUACAAAUAUCUGACGCAGCGCUCCGAGGUGGAGCGUCUCUUCGACAGCAUCGUGGGUAACUCGAAGCGCAAAUGCAUGACCAUAGCACAGCUGGUGGAGUUUCUCAACAAGACGCAACGCGAUCCACGCCUCAACGAGAUACUCUAUCCUUAUGCGAAUAAUGCACGCGCCAAGGAGCUCAUACAGCAAUACGAGCCCAACAAGUUCAAUGCACAAAAGGGCCAGCUUAGUUUGGAUGGCUUUUUGAGGUAUCUCAUGAGCGAUGAUAAUCCCAUAAUGGCGCCCAACAAGCUUGAUCUCUGCGAUGAUAUGGACCAGCCGAUGUCGCACUACUUCAUCAACUCCUCGCACAAUACCUACCUAACGGGCCAUCAGCUGACUGGCAAAUCGUCCGUGGAGAUAUACAGGCAGUGUCUGCUAGCCGGCUGCAGAUGCGUCGAGCUGGACUUUUGGAACGGACGCACCGAGGAGCCGGUCAUUGUGCACGGCUACACGUUUGUGCCCGAAAUCUUUGCCAAGGACGUGCUGGAGGCCAUCGCGGAGAGCGCAUUUAAAACAUCCGAAUUCCCUGUGAUACUGAGCUUCGAGAAUCACUGCAAUCCCAGGCAACAGGCCAAGAUUGCCAACUAUUGCCGCGAAAUCUUUGGCGAUAUGCUGCUGGAUAAGCCGCUCGAUUCGCAUCCGCUGGAGCCCAAUACGGAUUUGCCGCCGCCAUCGAUGCUGCGGCGUAAGAUCAUUAUCAAGAACAAGAAGAAGCAUCAUCAUCAUCAUCACCAUCAUCACAAGAAGCCGACCUCGUCAAUGGGCCAGGGCACACCUGGUGGCAGCAAUAAACUAACAACGGCCAACUCAGUUGAUGCGGCUGCCAAGGCGGCAACGGCAGCGGCAGCAGCUGCCAAUGCUCAACAAGUGGCUGCCGCAGCGCAGGACGAGGGAGGAGGAGCAGCAGCAGCAGGACGCACAAUGACAGGCGCCGCAAAUGGCGACAUUGUCAGCGGAGCUGGCGGAGGACAUGGGCCGCCAUUGCAACAAAUACGCCAGAGCUCGAAGGAUAGUACCGGCUCCUCGGACUCGGACAGCUCCAGCGACGAUGAAUCCCUGCCCAAUGCACCACCCAGUCUGCCCAGCGGCAAUGAGCCGCCGCCGGAGAAGGCACAAAAGGAAACGGAGGCGGGCGCCGAGAUCUCAGCGCUGGUCAACUACGUGCAGCCCAUACACUUCAGCUCCUUUGAGAAUGCGGAGAAGAAGAAUCGCUGCUACGAGAUGUCCUCGUUCGAUGAGAAGCAGGCGACAACUUUGCUCAAGGAGCGACCCAUUGAGUUUGUCAACUACAACAAGCAUCAGCUGUCCCGGGUUUAUCCGGCGGGCACACGUUUCGACAGCUCCAAUUUUAUGCCGCAACUGUUCUGGAAUGCUGGCUGCCAGCUGGUGGCGCUGAACUUCCAGACCCUAGACCUGGCCAUGCAACUGAAUCUGGGCAUCUUCGAGUACAACGCACGCUCGGGAUAUCUGCUGAAGCCGGAGUUUAUGCGACGCUCGGAUCGGCGACUCGAUCCAUUCGCCGAGAGCACCGUGGAUGGCAUCAUUGCCGGCACCGUUUCGAUCACCGUGCUCUCGGGCCAGUUCCUGACCGACAAGCGGGUCAACACUUUUGUCGAGGUGGACAUGUACGGCCUGCCGGCGGACACGGUGCGCAAGAAGUUCCGCACCAAGACGGUGCGCGACAACGGCAUGAAUCCCGUCUACGAAGAAGAUCCGUUCGUGUUCAAGAAGGUGGUGCUGCCGGAACUGGCCAGCAUACGCAUUGCGGCCUACGAGGAGGGCGGCAAGCUAAUUGGCCAUCGGGUGCUGCCCGUAAUCGGUCUCUGUCCGGGCUAUCGUCAUGUCAAUCUGCGCUCCGAGGUGGGCCAGCCCAUUGCGCUGGCCUCGCUCUUUCUGUGCGUUGUCGUCAAGGACUAUGUGCCCGACGAUCUCUCCAAUUUCGCCGAAGCACUGGCCAAUCCCAUCAAAUACCAGAGUGAGCUGGAGAAGCGCGACAUACAGCUCUCAGUGCUCACUGAUGAAACGGACGCUCUGGCCAAUGCCGACGAGGAUCUGUCCAAGUCAUUCGUUUUCGUCCAAGUAGGUGGCCAAAAGAAGGAGCUGCGCCCGGUGGAAUCGCUAGCCACCUCGCCGAAGCAUCGGGCGAGCAUUUCGAUAAUUGCCGCCACCAGCGUGGAGCUGCCCACGGAUCGCAGCGAUGGAGCACGCAACGAUGACAGCGUCUCCAUUAUGGCAUCGGGCAUACAGCAUCAGCACUCGCUGGACCAGUCGGUCAGCACGUCGAUUAGGCAGGUGGAGUCGUCGCAGUUCGAUGUGGACCCUUUGCUGGCCGAGCCGCUGGACAAGAUACUCGAGCACAAGUCGGUGCGUGAGAAGCGGCUCGAGAUGGAGAAGAAGCUCGAGUCGCUGCGCAAGAAGCACGACAAGGAGAAGCUCAAGAUCGCUGGCCAGAAGCUCAGCCCCCUCGAUGGAGGCAAGAAGCCGAAGUUCACCAUAACCAACAAGCUAGUGAAGCGCCUGAGCAACAGGAGCCUUAAUUGUCUCUCUCCCUACAGCGAGCCGGGCGUCGAGGUGCCGGCCUGCCCCCUCGACCUGGGCGACAGCAGCGAGGAGAGCGCCGGCGCCGGCGAAAUCGGCGACGAGGCCGCCUCCAGCAGCCUGGAUGGCACCCAGGAGUCGCGUCUGCGCUACGCCUGCCGCGAGUACACCACACAGUAUCGGGAGCUGCAGGAGAAGUACCACGAGGCCAUCUACACCGCCGCCGAGAAGGUGCUCAAGAACUCGCAGACCAGUCAAAUGAAACAGCUAAAGGCCUCCCUGGACAAGGUCACCGGCGAGGUGAUGCAUCAGCUGCAGGAAGCGCGUCGCAACGAGGUCAAGAAUCUCGCCACAGUGCACAGAGAUCGCGACGAGCUGGUCAGAAUGAAGCGCGAAGUGGCCAGCUCCGUCGUGGAGCGCGGCGUGGCGGAACGCGUGCGCCUCAAGCAGACCUUCGAAAAACGCACGGAUGAACUGCAGAAGCAGCACGAUGCGGUGCGCAAUGCCCUCGCCGAGCAUCGCUCCAAGGCUCGUCAAAUACUCGACAAGGACGCGGAAUCUCGCAGCUGUGUCUCCAAUAACGGCUUCCUGGUGCUCUUCCAUGGACCGCACCAUCAUGGCUGCUCGGCGGGAACAGCUGUUACCAGCGGCUCCGCCCCACUCUCUGGCAAUAAUCUCACACUCAACUUGAACGCUGGUGCAGUGGGCAGCGGGGGGGCUGGCCUGGCCAUAUCGCCAGCCAAGUCGCACAAUAGCAUUACGGCGGAGAUGAAGACGUAAAAUGGGACAGGAUCGAAAGAUAGCACGUGUUAUUAUUUAGUUUUCAGUAUUCGCGGCAGUUGUGUUAGGGAAAGAAAAGCAAAAAAACAAAAACAACAAGAAGUCUUCGUAGCGAUUAGUCUUAUAGAUCUAAAUAACUGUAACUGUAACUGUAAUUAUAACUGUAACUGUAACUGUAACUACGCGAAAAGGGGAAACGCGUUUUCUAACUGAACAAACUAGCUGUAGUACUCGCGGGCAUAUAUGUAUGUACAUAUGCCCAUCUAUUUGAAUAGCACAUGAACUAUAUGUCUAUGUGUAUGUAACUGUAUGUUAACUGUAAUAGUCGGUGUAUUUAUUGUGUAUGUGAAUGACUCAUAUGUUUAUCUAUAGAUGAUAUGCUUACAAUAAUUCUAUUCUAUCUCUAGACCGAACCAUACGGUUUCUUCCUAUUCGAACUACGCUGAAACUCUGAGUGUCUAAACCUUUAAGCAUAAACUAUAUAAUUUAUUUAACAAAAACAAAACCGUAGAUGAAAAACAAAUUUAGAAACAGAUAGAAAUUUAUAACCUCACUUAACAUUGAGGUUAUGUGACGCAGUCAGAGAGAGAGAGAGAGAGUGUGAGAGUCUCUCUCUCUCUCUCGUCUGACGGGACGUCAUGUGCUCCAUUUCUACUAUUUAAUGUGGUUGUGUGUAUUACUUUUUAUAUCAAAUUUACUUUUACAUUAAUUAUUUAUAUACAAUAUAUAUAUAUGCAUAUA